UGGGUUUUGUUGUUCUCCCUUUAAAUCCCAUCACAUUUUGUAAGAUUCAUGGGAUUGUAGUCAUAAUUGUCAAUUAUUUGGUAGCCAGUGACUAUUGGCUCACUUGGCUGCAAAACACUCGGUAAUGAUAAUUUCUUCAUGUGUCCAUAAUCAACAUGUUAGCUAUAACUGUUGUGUAAAUCUGUGUUUAGCAAAUCAAUGGGAGUGAUGAACGGAAUGCUUGGGAAGGAACCAUUUCCAUCAGAUGGCAAUCUGAAGUUAUAUCGUUGUGAUGUCUGUGGGAGAAGCUUUGCACCAGAUGUUCUGGAAAGGCACGGGCCAAUAUGCGAAAGACUUUUCAACAAAAAACGUAAGCCUUUCAAUUCCUUGAAGCAAAGAUUACAGGGCACUGAUAUUCUCACGGUCAGAAGGUCUCCCCCAGCCAAGAUGCCACCCGUGAAGAAAUCUAAUUGGAGACAACAACAUGAAGACUUUAUUAACGCAAUUCGAUCAGCCAAGCAGUGUACCUUAGCCAUUAAGGAAGGCCGUCCUCUUCCUCCUCCACCCCCUCCAACCAUCAACCCAGAUUAUAUUCAGUGUCCUGACUGCAUGAGAAGGUUUAAUGAAACUGCAGCAGCAAGACAUAUUAAUUUCUGCAAGGAUCAGGCCUCUCGCCGAGUUUUUAAUCCAGCCGAGACAGCAGCCAAAAUAGCAUCCAGGGCUCAGAACAAAGCUCAAAUGAUUCCCAAAAAAGAACCAACUGUAACAAGCGCUGUGGGAACAUUGCUUCAGAACAGGGCAACAGAACCCUCAAGUGACCGCUCUACCAAAGCAGGAUCACCCUCAGAGGCAAGAACUGGAUUAAAAGUCAAGAAGUCAAUGAUCUCCAAAAAAAAUUAAGUCCUUUCAUCAAGGUAAG